CGAUAUUUUUAAAUAACUAUAACAUAGGGCUAACGUAUCAAACGGUACAGUUAAAACGGUGUUUUCCGGACGUGUUGGGACAUUUUGUCCUAUUGUGUUAUCUGUGAGUGCUCAAGAAUGGGUUUCAAGGAGUUUUUAUUGUUUUUCCUAAUCAGCAGUGUUACUGGACAGAUUCACAGAGUCUGUAUUUCCACGUCCAAUCCAGUUCUCUGUCAGAGUCUAGACAAAGAUGGCAGUCGUGCUGUUUGUCAACCGGUUGAGUCAAGAAUCGACUGCGCAUUACGAUUGGCUCGUAACACAGUGGAUGUUGGUGUUUUCUCUGAAGAGGAAAUGAUGUUGUUAUCUCAAAUGCAGCCAAACGACAACAGAGUGAUAGCAACCAUCAGAGAUGUUAAUAGACAAGAGCCAUACGCUUUCGAAGCAGUAGCGGUGGUACCUAAUAGUCAUACCGGAGGACUGGAGGGUCUACGAGGAGGUAAUUACUGCCACCCUGGCUUCGAUGAGGCGGAAGUGCGCUGGUCUCCACGAGUUUUGAAGACUUUCGAACGAUCGGUUGCACGUACUGAUCGUUGCCCCGACGCUAACGUAGCUGGUAAAACCGCUGAGGAGCUAGAAUUGGAAACCCUGAGUCAGUUCUUCCCCAGAGCCUGUAGACCUGGACCUUGGAGCGUCAACACCACAGUCGAUACUAACUUAAAGGGUAGAUUUUCAUCUCUGUGCUCUCUGUGCGGUGAGAGCAGCGGCUGUGCGCAAUACACACUAGACAUGGGUGUGAAUGUCGCCGGCGUGUCUAACACUAACAGACAUAUACAAGCACUGGAAUGUCUACGUACCAAUGGGAAUAACAGCGUCGCAUACGUCGCCUGGCAACAUGUUAGAGAAUACUUCACUUCUCGCAACCCUCAAGACGCGGAGCAGUACUCCUUACUAUGCGAGGACGGAACUCUAAGCCCUCUCACCCCCGAAGUGCUCAGCGCCCUCACCUCGCCCUGCGCCUUCGUGAGACAACCCUGGAGCGCCAUUGUCGCUGCUUCGUCUAUAGCGUCAACAGUACAAGCCAGUAUGAGGUCGUGGUGGCCUAAUGGCGCCAAUCCGGGUGGUAACACCUGGCAGGCCAUACUGUUCGGUGGCAUCAUAGGUGGCACCAAUGCUCGUGUCAUAUUCGAUGACACUCUGCCCUCGCCAGCGAACUACACUUCUGCUGUUCGCAACAUAACCAGUAUAGAUGCGACCACCAGCUGUCUGCCAGCUCGUCGCUGGUGCACGAUAUCCUCACAAGAGCAUACAAAGUGUGCGUGGGUUCGAACCGCGGCGUAUACACUCGGCAUUGAACCAGCCGUCUCCUGCCAACAAAGGACCAACACAUUCGAAUGUUUACAAGACAUUAAAGAUGAACGAGCUGAUUUUAUCGCGACACCUUCUAAUUAUGGAUAUAUUUCAAGACAAAACUACCAACUGUCAGCUCUGAAGUUAAUUCAGAACACGCGAUCAAACCCGGCAGCGUUCUCCCGCGUCGUCGCACUCAUAAAGGACUCAUCGCAGGAUAUCACACGCUUUGAAAACCUGAGGAGUAAAAAGGCUUGCUUCCCGGAGUUUGGAGGAAUUGCAUAUAUGGCGUUCGUGAACGCAGCACAAGAGCGAGGUGUGAUCAGUUCCUCGGAGUGUGACUACGCGCGCGCUGUUGGAGAGUUCUUCAAUGGCACUUGCGCCCCCGGUGCCCUUGAUGCCACUCAUGCCAUCUCUGAGUCAUCGACUUUCGACGCGAAUACUCUUUGUUCAGUUUGCAAGCCUACCGUUACUGUUGCUGAGACUAACUUUACCUGCGCGUAUGACUACACCAACAUGUACUACGGCAACAACGGCUCGCUGGCCUGUCUCGCUGACCCGGAGACAGACGUCGCAUUUGUAGAGAUACAGAAUAUUGAUUCGCAACUGUCUUCGCUCGGUAUCCAAGGGUCUCAGUUCCGAGCACUUUGUCGCAACAACACGCUAGCUGUUAGUAACGGCACUUCAGACAUCGACCAAGCCUGUCUACUGGCUUAUGUCGUCGACUCUGAACUACUAGCCAGAAGAUCGGAUCCCUUACUUAACAGUCUAAGUGUCCUCUUAGACAACCUAGACCAGUAUUUCGGCUACAACGCGGCCUCCGGCACACAGCAUAUAAACUUAGAAAUGUACUCCGCGUUCGAUGGAAUAAAUGAUUUAUUAUUCAAAAAUACAGCAGUUGGUUUAUCCGAACCAUCGACAGAAACCGCCAACGAACCAGCGAGGAAUUACAUAGAGUUGUUCAGACAUCUUGACACUUGUACCAGUGUUGCCCCGCCUUCGUUAGGUCAAGCGACGCGUAACUACUCUAUGUUAACGCUAUUCCUUUUGACAGCUCUUACGCGCGUUUUCGUGUUUUAAAUGUCAAAAAUUUUAUUUGUGUAAAUUAGUGUUUUUAAAUAGUUUUUUUAUUAAGUUGAUAUUUUGCAUAUAAAUAAUUUUGAUUGUAAUUCAGUAAGAUUCGUUAAGAGUUUUUAUUAUUUUCUUUUUUGCAGCAUUUCGUGACAUUUUAUUUGUUUUAAAAUAUUGUACUAAGUACUUUCAUGUAAUUUAUUACUAGUUUGUAAAAUGUGUGCCAAAUGUUUUUACCAGUGUGCGUGAUUUUUUUUUCAAAUAAAUUUCUUUUUUUUUAAA